GCCCGGGGCGGCGGGCGGGACAGAACGUAGGGAGCCGCCGCCCGGGCCGCGCGCUGAUGGAGCUGGCGGGUCCCGCGCGGCGCCGGGAGUGAGCGGCGGAGCCUCGAGCCGGACCUCACGGACUCGCCAUGGAAGAGGAGGGUGUGAAGGACGGGGGCGAGAAGCCUCAUGGAGCACGGACUGCGGACAAGGCUGGUUGGAUCAAGAAGAGCAGUGGGGGCCUCCUGGGUCUCUGGAAAGAUCGUUACCUGCUCCUCUGCCAGGCUCAGCUGCUGGUCUACGAGAAUGAGGAUGAGCAGAAGUGUGUGGAGACUGUGGAACUGGGCAGCUAUGAGAAGUGUCAGGACCUCCGUGCCCUCCUGAAGCGGAAGCAUCGCUUUAUCCUCCUGCGAUCCCCAGGGAACAAGGUCAGUGACAUCAAAUUCCAGGCACCCAGUGGGGAAGAGAAGGAAUCCUGGAUCAAAGCCCUCAAUGAAGGAAUUAACCGGGGCAAGAACAAAGCCUUCGAUGAGGUAAAGGUAGACAAGAGCUGUGCCCUGGAGCAUGUGACAAGGGACCGCGUUCGUGGGGGCCAAAAACGCCGACCACCAACGAGAAUCCACUUGAAGGAGGUGGCCAACGCAGCGUCUGAUGGGAUUUUACGCCUGGACCUGGAUGUUCCAGACAGCGGGCCUCCUGUGUUUACCCCAGGCCAUGACGUCAGCCCAGCCCAGCCCCGGGAGACGCCACAGCCUCCCAUGCCUCCUGCCAAGCCUUCCCCAGCACUUGAGAGGACCAACCUUAGUGAUGGGGUAGAGACUCCUGUGGGGGAGAGAACCCCAACCCCCAUCUCAGCCAGCUCCGAGGGCCAAGAGGAUUCAGAGACGCCGGUGGGGGAGGAUGGUGGUUUGAAAUUGCCCCCCAGCAACGUCUUGCCCGACAAACUAAUGGUGAGCUGGGACAACUCCAGCUUUGAGGAGCCCCCUGCUCCUGAGGGCGCAGAACUGUCUCGGGUGCCCUCGUCUGACACUUUGGAGGCUACCCCCAGGGAGGGUAGGAAGCCCCCCGCACCCCCACCGAAAAUCUUAUCAGAGAAAAUGAAGGCCUGCUUGAAUGGGGUGGAAGUUUCUGGUCCAGCCCUCAGUCCUGGGGCCGCUGAGAACGCUGCGUCAGGCCCUGAGCAGGUCUCAGUGAACGGCAUGGAUGACAGUGCCGAGCCAAGCAAGCCAGCCCAGGCCAAGGGCACCCCAGAGACUUCCCCUCAGGAUGCCGCCCCAUCCCCAGCCCUGCCCCGCUGGGACUCGCCGCCUCCGUUCCAUCCCCGCUGCUCCUCCCUUGGGAACUUGCUUGGAGAAGGUCCCCGGCAUCCACAGCUGCCCAGGGAACAGCUGUAUCGGGCCCAGCUGGAGGUGAAGGUGGCCUCAGAGAAGACGGAGAAACUGUUGAACAAAGUGCUGGGCAGCGAGCCACCCCCCGUGAGUGCGGAGACCUUGCUCAGCCAGGCCGUGGAGCAGCUGAGACAGGCCACUCAGGUCUUGCAGGAGAUGAAGGAUUUAGGAGAGCUCAACCCGGAAGCCUCUGGGCUAAGAGAGAAGCGGAAGGAGCUGGUGACCCUGUACAGGAGAAGCGCACCCUAGGCCUGUGGCACACAGACGCAAGCAUCCUUGGGGUCAUCGUAUCUGUCACAGCCCAGCCCUGCUGAGAAAUGCACCCAUAGCCCAGGCUGUACAAGGACACCUGGGCACACUGGAUUUGACGAGGACUUGAAGAAUCUCCUGGGAUCCUUCUUACCCUGACUUGACCGGUGGUGCCAGGUGCCACCCAGGGCCACUGUGGCUCCCUGGUCUGACCUGGCCUCCAGGCCUCUGGCUUGGAUUGGUCCACACACUUAGGCCCUGUAUGCUGUGUGCUUAUUCCAAACGGCCCAGGGCUUUGGCACAGUGCUUGGGGUUUCUGGGGUUUCUCUGGGUCCCCACCCCUAGUAGUUUACAUUCCUGACUUCUGAAUAGAGCAGAGCUGAGCCCUCCCCCCCCACCCCCCACCCCCGCCUCGCUUUCCCCAUCUCCAGAUGUUCCUGGCAGCAGUUAGCCCCUCAGAGGCCUUUGGUCUAGGCUGUAGGGUCAUCUGUCCAGCUGGGUGAAACCUAGAGUCCAGCUGGAGUCUUAAGCCAAAUGAUAAGCAUCUUCCAGACGAAGCCCUUAGCUGUACGGCCUACUCUAGGCCUGUUUCCUUCCCUGCUGACCCCUCUGCUUUGAUGAGUUGUGAUGGGAAGCUCAGAUCUGGAAGAUUCUAGGGAGGAGAGGAACUCCAAGGGUCUCCUAGUCUCUGCUCCUAGACCAGUAUUGCAGAUUCCUGCCUAGGUAAACCUCAGAGUGGCCUGAUGUUAGCAAGUGAAAAACUGGCCAGGCACCAGUAGUUCAUGCCUAGCUACUCAGGAGGCUGAGAUCUAGGGACAGCACUUAGGGCCUGGAUUUUAAACCCCCAAUUACAUCAUUAAAAAACAAAAC